AUGCCUUACCAUGAGAUCUCAUUUUCUCUUCGCAUCAACUAUACUAUCCACCGGGCAACCUUGUCGGCAUCCAAGCCCAGACCCUGGGUCAUCCUAGUCAAUGGCCUCGCCGACCCUCAAUCCACCUGGGCGACACAGACUCCCGCCUUCACGGCCGCAGGCCACACGGUUUUAACCUACGACAACCGCGGCAUCGGCAUGUCUUCGCGCCCCCAAAGCGACGAUGAACUCUACACCGUGCACGACAUGGCCUCGGAUCUACACAGUCUAGUUCACGCUGUCGGCGUCCCCACCCCUUUCCACCUGCUGGGCCUGAGUAUGGGCGGCAUGAUCUCGCAGACCUACGCACUCACAUACCCCGAAGACCUCACUAGCGCUACUUUCGCGUGCACAUACGCGUUUCCCGGCCCAUUUUGUUCCCGCAUGUUUUCACUCUGGGGCGACAUGGCGCGCACAAUGUCCGUUGCCGAUGUCAUGCGCGACGUUGCAUUGUGGUGCUUUUCGCCGUCGUUCUUUGCGGACCCGGGCCGUCAGUCUGAGCUGAAAGCCAUGGAGGACGAGAUGGCGCAGAUUGAUUCCGCGAUGGGCCUGAAAGCAUAUCUGGCGCAGUUGAAUGUUAUCACGACGUUUGAUACGAGAGAGGAAGUUGGGAAAUUGGCAGUGACAGCGGGCAAACCGAGAAUCAUUGUGCUUGCGGGCGAGAGUGACAUUCUUAUCCCGGUGAUUCUGUCGCGGGAGUUGCAUUCGCUUAUACCCGGUGCGCAGUGGCGGACGACCAAGGGCGGACAUGCGUGUAAUUGGGAGUUCCCGGACGAGUUCAAUCAGACUUGUCUGGAGAUGUGGAAGGAUGUGGAGGAUAAAACGGACACUAGCCCCCCAAAUUGA